CGUCCAACUGCUGUAGUAGUAGAACUAAAACCUUCACCAUGACCGACAAAAGCGCUUUGCUGUUGUUGCUUCAGCGCCCUCUAGAGCCAGCCUUCUUGCCCAAGGACGAUGGCAAAUCGGUGCUGAUCAUCCCGGAGGAGUACAUGAGUGAUCGCUACCGGCCACUAACGGAGGACAUUCAGACGCGCUUCUCCGGUGGAACCGAGCAGGAGGUCCCGGUACGGAAGGUUGCCGUCCCUGAUGUUUCGUGGGCUGAGGUGAUUGACCGGAGGGGUGCAUUCUCUCUGUUUAUUGAGAAGCACCGUGACAUUGCAGGUCGGUUGAUCGACCUGUUCAUUGCGCAACCGGAUGCAAGCACGCUGAUGGGUGUGGGAACUGCCCUUAGGGAUCGGCUCAAUCCUAACUUGUUCCAGUACGCGAUGACGGUUGCGAUCCAGCAUCGCCCGGAUACGAAGGAUUUGCCCAUUCCGAGCAUCAUCCAGCUGUUCCCGGACCAGUUUGUGGAUCCUUCUAUUUUCCCUCAGCUGCGUGAGGAGGGUAGCAUUGUGCAGCAGGAAAAGCGAACGACGAUUGACAUCAAGCCCAACUACACGGCCUCGGACCGUGAGCCGGAACAACGCAUGGCGUACUUCCGCGAGGACAUUGGCGUCAACAUGCACCACUGGCACUGGCAUUUGGUGUACCCGGGUGGAGCUUCCCGGGAGGUCGUGGCGAAGGAUCGCCGCGGUGAGCUGUUCUACUACAUGCACAGCCAGGUGAUCGCUCGGUACAACAUUGAUCGGUUCUGUAAUCGUUUGGGGCGCUGUCGUCCGCUUACCAACUACCGGGAAGCGAUUCCCGAGGCGUACUUCCCCAAGAUGGUGCGCAGUUCGAGCAAUCGCGCUUAUCCGGCUCGUGCUGCCGAUACGUUCCUGAAGGACGUCAACAGGACGGACAACGAUACGGUGGUUACGGUGAAUGAUUUACAGCGGUGGACCGACCGUAUUCACCAGGCGAUCGAUCAAGGAUUUGUCAUUGAUACAACUGGCAAAAACAUCCCACUGGACGACGUGAAAGGAAUUGACAUCCUUGGGGACAUUGUGGAGGCGUCAACUCUGACGGUCAACCGAAAAUUGUACGGAAGUCUGCACAACUUUGGUCACGACAUUUUGGCUUACAUUCACGAUCCGGAGUACCGUUACCUGGAAGACUUUGGAGUAAUGGGUGACGUCACGACGGCCAUGCGUGAUCCCGUGUUCUACCGCUGGCACAGCAACAUCGACGGUAUCUUCCGCAAGUUCGUGGAGACGUUGGAGCCGUACACCUCGCGACAGCUGGGCUUCACGGGUAUUCGAGUCAACAGCAUCAACGCACGCAUCAACCGACCAAACGCCCCGGCAAAUGUUCUUCUGACUUACUGGCAAAAAUCCCAGGUGGAUCUGGCCGCCGGGUUGGACUUUGGACCUAGGGGAAACGUGUUUGCUAGCUUCACCCAUCUUCAGCAUGCUCCGUUUACUUAUGAAAUCAAAGUUACCAACAGCAGUGGAUCGCCGAAGCGGGGAACUGCCCGAAUCUUCCUAGCUCCGAAGGUUGACGAACGUGGAACCAACCUGAAGUUCAACGAGCAACGCACGCUGUAUAUCGAGAUGGACAAGUUUGGUGUCAACUUACGCCCUGGCGAGAACACAAUCACCCGCAAGUCGGAACAAUCAACCGUAACGACCCCGUACGAACGAACCUUCCGUAGGAUUGGCACGGCACAGACGCCAACUACGGCCAAGGAUCUGGAGGCGUUCCGAUUCUGUGGUUGUGGCUGGCCGAACCAUAUGCUGCUGCCAAAGGGAGCCCCCGAAGGUGUUCAGUUCGAUCUGUACGUGAUGAUUUCGGACUAUACUGACGAUUCGGUAAACCUGGAGUUUGACGAAAACGUUGACUGCAGCGAUGCCCACUCGUUCUGUGGACUUCGGGACAAAAAGUAUCCGGACAAGCGCCCGAUGGGAUUCCCGUUCGAUCGUCGGACGCCGGCUAGCAUCGCGACGCUGGGCCAGUUUAUUGGAACCAACACCAACAUGGCGUCCAACUCGUUGACGAUCAGGUUCACCAACACCGUCAUUGCGAGGACUUGAACUGACUAUGAAUUGCAACAUGAUUGAACCGUGAUACACUUCCAGGACAAAUAAAACACACAAUUUACUUGCAA